CACUUCCGGCCCGCCCCCCACCCUCGCUAGCUGCCAGCAAACGUGCGCAUGCGCCUCCUCGGUGUUUUCUCUGUCAUUAGCGAAGCCCGACACCGCCCUACUUCCGGCGCGGGGUAAAGACCCAACAGGCUCGGCGCUCAGCGAUGAUGUCAGCUCCGGUUGCCUUGCUGAGUCGGAAGUAAGAACCUUUUGGUCGCUGUAGCUGUGAGGUGUCGUCGUCCCUGCCCUUUCAGGCUCCGGUACUUUUAUUUUCAUGUGUAAGCUCAAUGACUAAGUCUAACCUGGAUCUCCACCGAGGUUCUCAACAGGUGAUCUGUGGGCCCUCAUUUUUUCCUCCGCUCCCCUAGGGCUGGAUGGAGGACACCUUAAAGUGAAAUGACAGACCAGGAGAAUAACAACAACAUCUCAAGUAACCCCUUUGCUGCUCUUUUUGGCUCCCUGGCUGAUGCCAAGCAGUUUGCAGCAAUCCAGAAAGAGCAGCUGAAGCAGCAGUCCGGUAGUGUAUUUGGUUCUGAGGAAGAAGCGUUGUGUAACAGCUUACAUGUUCCAGCAGAUGAGCUCCCAGCAAGCCCAGAUGACUCGGAUAAUAGUGUGUCAGAGAGCCUGGAUGAGUUUGACUACUCUGUAUCUGAGAUUAGCCGCUCCUUCCGGACACACCAAGAAAUGUGUGAGCAACUCAACAUCAAUCACAUGAUCCAGAGGAUCUUCCUCAUCACCCUGGACAACAGUGAUCCAAGCUUGAAAAGCGGGAAUGGCAUCCCCAGCCGUUGUGUGUACUUGGAAGAAAUGGCAGUAGAGCUGGAAGAUCAAGACUGGCUUGAUAUGAGCAAUGUUGAGCAGGCCAUCUUUGCUCGAUUAUUGCUUCAAGAUCCAGGAAACCACUUGAUCAGCAUGACUUCCUCCACAACUUUAAAUCUCUCUGCUGAUCGUGAUGCAGGAGAGAGGCACAUCUUCUGUUACCUUUACUCCUGCUUCCAGAGAGCCAAGGAAGAGAUUACCAAAGUUCCAGAAAACCUACUCCCCUUUGCAGUGCAGUGCAGAAACCUCACUGUGUCCAACACUCGAACAGUUCUCCUCACCCCAGAGAUCUAUGUUGACCAAAACAUCCAUGAGCAACUGGUAGAUUUGAUGUUGGAAGCUAUUCAGGGAGCCCAUUUUGAAGAUGUAACUGAAUUUUUAGAAGAGGUCAUUGAAGCCUUGCUGUUGGAUGAGGAGGUUCGAACAUUUCCUGAAGUCAUGAUUCCAGUGUUUGAUAUUUUACUCAGCCGAAUAAAAGAUCUGGAACUCUGCCAGAUCCUCCUGUAUGCAUAUCUGGACAUUCUUCUCUAUUUCACUAGGCAGAAGGAUAUGGCCAAGGUGUUUUUAGAAUACAUUCAGCCCAAGGAUCCCAGCAAUGGGCAGAUGUAUCAGAAGACCUUGCUGGGAGUCAUCCUGAAUAUCUCGUGCUUGUUAAAGACUCCGGGUGUGGUAGAGAACCAUGGCUUCUUCCUGAAUCCAUCCCGUUCCAGUCCUCAGGAGAUCAAAGUACAGGAGGCCAACAUCCAUCAGUUCAUGGCUCAGUUCCAUGAAAAGAUCUACCAGAUGCUGAAGAACUUGCUCCAGCUCUCUCCAGAAACCAAGCACUGUAUCUUGUUCUGGCUUGGAAACUGUUUGCAUGCAAAUGCAGGCCGCACCAAGAUCUGGGCCAAUCAGAUGCCCGAAAUCUUCUUCCAAAUGUAUGCCUCGGAUGCCUUCUUUCUGAAUCUGGGUGCUGCCCUCCUGAAGCUGUGCCAGCCAUUCUGCAAGCCCAGAUCCUCCCGGCUCCUCACCUUUAACCCCACGUACUGUGUCCUCAAGGACUUGAAUGAUGAAGAACGAAAAAUUAAAAGUGUGCAUAUGAGAGGUUUGGACAAGGAGACCUGUCUGAUCCCAGCUGUGCAGGAGCCAACGUUCCCCCAGAGCUACAACCUUGUGACGGAGAACCUGGCCCUGACAGAGUAUACCUUGUACUUGGGAUUUCACAGGUUGCAUGAUCAGAUGGUAAAAAUCAACCAAAAUCUGCAUCGGCUGCAGGUUGCCUGGCGGGAUGCUCAGCAGAGUUCUAGCCCUGCUGCUGACAAUCUCCGUGAGCAGUUCGAACGCCUGAUGACCAUCUAUCUCUCUACCAAGACUGCUAUGACUGAACCCCAGAUGCUGCAAAACUGUCUGAAUUUGCAGGUGUCCAUGGCUGUUCUGCUGGUUCAACUGGCCAUAGGCAAUGAGGGCUCCCAGCCAAUAGAACUAAGUUUCCCUUUGCCAGAUGGCUACAGCUCUUUGGCUUAUGUGCCAGAAUUUUUUGCAGAUAACUUGGGUGAUUUCCUCAUUUUCCUCCGGCGCUUUGCUGAGGACAUCUUGGAGACGUCAGCAGACUCCCUGGAGCAUGUCCUUCAUUUUAUCACCAUUUUCACUGGAAGCAUAGAAAGAAUGAAGAAUCCUCACCUGAGGGCCAAACUAGCAGAGGUGUUAGAAGCAGUGAUGCCUCACCUAGACCAGACCCCAAGCCCCUUGGUGUCCAGUGUGUUCCACCGGAAACGUGUGUUCUGCAACUUUCCAUACGCUCCCCAACUUGCAGAAGCUUUGAUCAAGGUGUUUGUGGACAUCGAGUUUACAGGGGACCCCCAUCAAUUUGAACAGAAGUUUAAUUACCGCCGUCCUAUGUAUCCCAUCCUAAGAUACAUGUGGGGGACAGAUUGCUAUCGGGAGAGCAUUAAGGAUUUGGCUGACUAUGCCUCUAAGAAUUUAGAAGCUAUGAAUCCCCCACUGUUCCUCCGAUUUCUUAACCUGUUAAUGAAUGAUGCUAUCUUCCUUUUGGAUGAAGCCAUACAGUAUUUGAGCAAGAUAAAGAUUCAGCAGAUUGAGAAAGACCGAGGAGAAUGGGAGAGUCUGACACCAGAAGCCCGCCGAGAGAAAGAGGCAGGUCUGCAGAUGUUUGGGCAGCUGGCACGGUUCCAUAACAUCAUGUCCAAUGAAACAAUUGGUACCCUUUCCUUCCUGACAUCAGAGAUCAAGUCGCUGUUUGUGCAUCCGUUCCUGGCCGAGCGCAUCAUCUCCAUGCUCAACUACUUCCUGCAGCACCUGGUGGGCCCCAAGAUGGGUGCCCUCAAAGUCAAGGACUUCAGCGAAUUUGACUUCAAACCUCAGCAGCUCGUAUCAGACAUCUGCACUAUCUACUUAAAUCUUGGGGAUGAGGAGAACUUCUGUGCCACUGUGCCCAAAGACGGACGUUCCUAUUCUCCGACUCUCUUUGCACAGACAGUCCGUGUCCUGAAGAAAAUCAAUAAGCCCGGGAAUAUGAUCGUGGCUUUCAGUAACUUGGCAGAGAGAAUCAAGUCUCUUGCAGACCUCCAACAACAAGAGGAGGAGACAUAUGCAGACGCCUGUGAUGAGUUCCUGGAUCCCAUCAUGAGCACACUGAUGUCUGACCCUGUGGUGCUUCCAUCUUCCAGAGUCACUGUGGACAGAUCCACCAUUGCUAGGCAUUUACUCAGUUUGUGUAACAUAAACUCACCAAGCUGAAUGCUGUUUGGACAGUCAUCCUUCAGAUGUCCAGAGAAAAGGCAGGAAGGCAAAGGUAAGUGAAAGCUAGUCAGCGCCCAAGCAGCCUUCCUUUCACUUUAGAAGAGUAUUCUGCAGCCUGAAGAAGGGACGCUGCUAACAGGAGUUUCAUGCUUGCAGCCCCCUACAGCCAACUGUUUGUUUCUUAAUGUUUUUGAGCCGCACAUGCAUACUUAGUGUCUGCAGAUGUCUGAAGAAGAUAUGGAAUCCCCUGCAACUGGAAUUAUAGAUGGUUGUGUCACCUUGUGGGUAUUAGGAACCAAACCCAGGUCCCCUACAAGAGCACACAUGUCCUCCCAACUGCUGACCCAACUUUGUUACUUACUUAUCUUUACAAUAGGAUCAUGCUGUUACACAGGCUGGCCUCAAACUCCGCUCAAGCAAUCUUACUGCUUCACAUUCCUAAAAAACUUAGGCCUACAGUUAAACAACACUGCACCCAGCUAGCUACCCUGCCCCCAGUUUUGGGGUUUUGGCGAUUUGUUUUUGUGGGGUUUGUUUUUGUUUGUUUGUUUGUUUGUUUGUUUUUCUUGAUUUUUCAAGACAGGGUUUCUCUGUGUAGCCCUGGCUGUCCUGGCACUCACUCUGUAGACCAGGCUGGCCUCAAACUCAGAAAUCCGCCUACCUCUACCUCCCAAGUGCUGGGAUUAAAGGCGUGCGCCACCACUGCUCGGCCCCAGUUUUUUAAAGACAGGACGUCAUGUAGCCCAGGCUGUCUUCAAAUUCACUUGGUAGCUGAAGUGACCUUGAAGUCCUGCUCCUCCUGCAACAAGAAAGUACUAGGAUUAUAGGCAAAUCCACCAUGGCCUGACUCACCCUUUACCUCUCUUAAAGAGAAAGAGAAGGGUGCUGAGAGACAUGGUGCCUAUUUAAAAUAUACGUAAGUUGACUGACAUUUAAGGAAUUUUUUGACAUUAAAUGAAUUUUCUGUUUCAAUUGGUAUUCCUACACUUUCUUUUUUUUUUUUAAUAUUUUAUUUAUUUAUUAUAUGUAAGUACAUUCAGACACUCCAGAAGAGGGCAUCAGAUUUUGUUACAGAUGGUUGUGAGCCACCAUGUGGUUGCUGGGAUUUGAACUCAGGACCUUUGGAAGAGCAGUCGGCGCUCUUAACCGCUGAGCCAUCUCACCAGCCCUCUUACACUUUCACUAUGCUAUUGUGCUGAAAUGUCAGUGAGAAGCUUAGUGAUCUCAGACCUUAGACAGUCUUUGAGGAUAUCGUGAUCUUGUUUUGUUUUGGAAUCAGGGUUUCGUGUAGCCCAGGCUUAAGCUUACUCUAUAGCUGAGGAAGACUCGGCUUUUGAUCAUGCUAUCUCCCCCUCCUAAGCGCUAAAAUCACAGACAUGUAUCACCAUCCCUGGCUUAUGUGGUACUGGGGGGCACAACUUAGGGCUAUGUGCAUGCUAGACAAGCACGCUACUGUAAAAUAUCUUUUAUUCACCUAAUGAAAUUGUCAUCUCCAAGGCUUACUGCAGGGGAAAAAAAAGCUCACCUUUUCUAGCUCUUUCUGAUCUCUGGCUGGCUGGCUCAACUCAGCUGUUCAGGCUCAAAGUCCUCUCCAAGCUGACUGAUUCAAUCUGGCUUCUCUCAGCUUCUCACUGAAUUGCUCUGCUUGGCCUUAUACUUACUUGGGCAUUAUGCUCUAAUACUCUGGCUCAUUCUUACUCUCUGACUUCAGCUGCCUCUGCUCACCUGCACUGAACUACAUGAAUUCAUGAACAAACUCAGUUCCACUGCACUGCACCGCACUGCACUGACUCCCAACUGACUGACCAAGUUCGGAGAUCUGCAUGCCUCAGUCUCCUCGGAUUAAAGGAGUAUCUGUUUCCCAGUUAGAUGACAGAGGCCUAGAAGGUUUUAUGAUCUCUUGCCAGAGCAGCCCUGCUGCUGUAUUAAAAUUCCUCUGCACUCUGAGCUAUAUCUCAGGCAGUCUUGAGUCUUUCUUUGUUGGUUUUGCCACAAUUUUUAAAUUACAUUCAGUUAUUUAUGUGUUCAUUUGUUUGGGGUGUGUGUGUGUAUACACAUGAACACAUGUGUACUCGAAAGUGUAGAGGUAAGGCAACUUGCAGGAGUAAGUUCUCCAACUUUGUGGGUCCUGGAGAUCAAACUUGGAUCUUCAGCCUUGCCAGCAAACAUCAUUACACAUUGAGCCAUAUUGCUGGUCCCAGCUUUGUUUUUUUUGUAGUGCUUGGAAUCAGACCUUGUGCAUGCUGAGCCAGCACUGUGCUACUGAUCUGUACUCUCGGCAUCGAACCAUAAUCUGCAUUUACUUACAUAGCAGUCAGCUACUUUAAUCAAAUGUCUGUUACAAGGCCUUUUCUCAACUGUAUGGGAGAUUUACAUGGGGAGGUUAUUGGUGCCUAGGAAUUUGAAGCCAACUUGGGCAAUAUAACAAAAUCCCAUUUCAAAAAGGGGGAAACCCCUACAAAUGAUUUGUGAUAACACAAGUGUCUAGAAUUUCUGAUUUAGAGAAAUCUAAAGGCUGUUAACAAAGAUAACAUUUACUUAUUUUACUUAUACAUGUGUUUUGUCUGUAUGUAUGUAGGUGUACCAUGAGUGUGCCUAGUGCUCACAGAGGUCAGAAAAAGACAUUGACUCCCCUGUAACUAAAAUUACAGAUGGUUAUGAAACUCCAUAUAGGUACUAGAAAUUGAAUCCAGGUUAUCAAGAGCAUUCAAUGCACUUAUGACUGAGCCAUUACCACCACCACCACCACCACCUCCAGCUUGCAAAACCACUAGGAUCAAUAUCUGAAUGACAGCCGGGAGGUGGUGGCGCACGCCUUUAGUCUCAGCACUUGGGAGGCAGAAGCAGGUGGAUCUCUUGAGUUCGAAGCCAGCUUGGUCUAAAGAGUGAGUUCCAGGACAGCCAAGGCUACCCAGAGAAACAUUGUGUAAACACUGAAAAAAAAAAAAAAAGACAACAGAAAUAAAACAAAAACCUGAAUGCAGUUGAAUAAGGUUUAUUAUGAGGUAGAGACAGAGAAACUGAAGAAGACUCAAAUCGCACCCUUUUCAUUUCCUUCUUCCUAACCCAGGAGUCAGUUUUGGACUCAGUUAUAGUGCAUCAUGUCUUGGGUCACAGCGCAUGUGGGAUGUUCAGAUGCUCUGCUUGGCCCUAGGGUCUUAGAACUUUCAGAAGUAACUCACUUUUCAUUCUUUUCUUG